AGGCGGCUGAGAGCCCUGCCUUUCUCCGCCAACUGGCCUUCACGCCAACUGCUGGUCUUAAGUCCGCCCACGGACGCCUGCCACGCCCGGGGAUCUGCGGGGACCUCCCGCGGGAUCUCGGGAACAAACCCCUCCCUCCGCCUUGCCUCUCGCGACACUCAGCCCUGUUUGGUGCGAUCUCGAUAACUCUGGGGCAGUAUGUCGCGAGAACUGGAACCGGAAGCGUGUAGAAGAAUACGGAUUCCGGCGAGUCCCGGAAGCCGAGUAGUUGAUUCCGUUUUCUGGUCGCGGAGAGUUGUUUUUGCGAGCUCGCGGCAGAGUGAUGCUGACCAGGCUGAAAGCAAAAUCAGAGGGGAAGCUUGCAAAACAGAUUUGCAAAGUUGUGUUGGAUCAUUUUGAAAAACAAUAUUCUAAAGAACUUGGAGAUGCCUGGAAUACAGUAAGGGAUAUAUUAACAUCUCCAUCAUGUUGGCAAUAUGCUGUCCUUCUUAACCGAUUCAAUUAUCCUUUUGAAUUGGAAAAGGAGUUACAUUUGAAAGGCUAUCACACAUCAAGGCUCUGUGCCCUACUGUCCUAAAUCAGUGAAGUGUUACCUUGGCAGAACCCCAGACCGAAUGCCUUCAGAAAGACACCAAAUUGGAAACCUGAAAAAAUAUUAUCUCCUAAAUGCUGCUUCUCUUCUCCCAGUCCUGGCUCUGGAACUAAAGGAUGGGGAAAAGGUUCUGGAUCUCUGCGCUGCUCCUGGAGGCAAAUCGGUAGCUCUGCUGCAGUGUGCUCAUCCAGGUUAUCUUCAUUGUAAUGAGUAUGAUAGUCUGAGAUUGAGGUGGCUAAGACAGACCUUAGAAUCUUUUAUCCCAAAGCCUUUAAUAAAUGUAAUUAAAGUGUCUGAAUUGGACGGCAGAGAGAUGGGAGACGCCCAACCUGAAGCCUUUGACAAGGUGUUAGUUGAUGCACCAUGUUCAAAUGAUCGCAGUUGGUUGUUCUCUUCUGAUAUUCAGAAGGCAGCCUAUAGGAUAAGUCAAAGAAAGAAUUUGCCUGUUCUACAGAAAGAACUUUUAAGGUCUGCAAUUAAGGCUUUACGUCCCGGAGGAGUCCUUGUGUACUCUACGUGCACCCUUUCCCAGGCGGAAAAUCAAGACGUGAUCAGUGAUAUUUUAAACUCUCACAGUAACAUCAUGCCCAUGGACAUUAAGGGAAUAGCAAGGACUUGCUCCCAAGACUUCACCUUCGCCCCCACUGGCCAGGAAUGUGGGCUCUUGGUGAUUCCAGAUAAGGGCAAAGCCUGGGGCCCAAUGUAUGUGGCCAAAUUAAAAAAAUCAUGGAGCACAGGAAUAUGGUGACAUGAAUUUUGUAAACCAUGUUAAUGAAUUGAUAUUAUUAUAUUUACUUUUCUGAGUGCUGUACAUGCUAAUAUUUAAAUAAUUAUGCAGUCACUUUUCACGAGUCUAUUUGGAAUCCUAUUUAGUUAGUACCUUAGCAUAUCAGAAGCUAGGCUUGAAAGUUUUUCAGGUGUAUUUUUUCCUAGAAAUAUAUCUGUAGCAAUGAUUUAAGGUGGUGCAGAUGGUGUUUGUUCUGUAUAAUAAAUCUGCUGUCUUUUACUUGGCAUUUUAUUGUUAAAUUAAUCAGAAUUUGUGGUUUUAUGCAUAAAUGUUUAGAACUACCUUCUAUUCAUGAUGUUGGUGCUUUGAAUCUUUUCCGGCACGCUUAUUGUUUUCCUCCUUAUCAAAUGUACAGAUUCUUUCAAUUCCCUCCCCCUUUUUUUGUAGGAACUGAUUUGUAUUCUGAGACUAACUUCUUAAGCAGUACUAUUUCUAGUUCUAGAAAAAUAGGUUUCUUAUUUGUGAAGUUGUUUUCUGUUAAGGACUAUCUUCUGUUUACUGCAAAGGUCAGUGACUCUAUUGACACAAAGUUUAUUUCUCCCACUUUUUUUGUAUUCACAAAUACAAAUUGAAAGGGUAAAUUAUGUUGAAAGCCCUUUAAAACAGCAGAUUCACAUGCACAUGUUUGACUUUCGACAUUCAGCUUGUGGAAUAAUGGAGUCUAUCCAGCAGGCCAUAAAGCAAGUACUUGAAACAAAACCAGAAUGAUUAAUAGCUGCAAUAACUGAACUAUAUUUGGAGAGUUUUGUUACAUAAUUGCAGUCAUAAUGAGUACUACAGAAUCUGAUUAUCUUACAGUUGCAAUCUGGAGGGGCUUUUUAUUUCACUCUGUUAUAAAAUGUUAUAUGAGAAUAUGAUGUCACAUAUUAAUGCUCAAGAGGGAGAUGCCUAAUGAGAGUGGAUUAUACUAGUACCAAAACCCAGUCCCAUUUACUAAGUGGCUCUCUUAUUUAUCUAUAUCUUGGGAAUAUUGUAUACAUUUUUUCGUAUGUACUUAGGGUUUUAGCUUCAGGAUCAUGUGUUUCCUGUAGAAAUUGCUUCACUCAGAGCCCAAAAUAUUUUCCCAACUCUUAAGAAUAAUAUGGAGCAUACUUUAAAUGAUUGUAUCUAUUUGGAAAUUAGCUGGUUUGGUUCUUUUUUUAAAAAAAAACAACAACACCUUUUUUAUUGUAGAAGUACACAAUUCUGCUGAAGCUGAAUACUUCUGAAUUGGUCAUUACAUUCUAUGCAUUUAAACUAGAUACUAUUUGCUCAUUAACUAUUUUUGUUUUGUAAGUGUUUGUAGCUGUGUUUAUGUUACUGGGAAAUCCUAGGAAGAAUAUUUUUUCUGUACUGUCAUUCUAUCGACCAUUUUUUUCUUUAUAUCUAAUUAAUAUGUUUAAAAUAAUGCUAGAUCUCUUGUACUCAAUGAAGAAUUUGAAUUAACAGAAAAUAAAU